CAAAAUUGAAUAUUAAAAAAAUGGGAUGUGUAUCAACAAAAAAUCAUCACAUGAAACAAUUCAACAUAAAAUUACCUGAUUCAAGUAGUACUUACUCUAAAAUAAUUUUAGUAAAGCAAACAACUCUUUAAACGGAUUUAGACUUAUCUGAUUCUUAAGAUUAAUACUUGUAAAUUGGAAUAAAUCUCAGCAGUAUAGGUGAGUUACAUCCUAAAGUUCAAAUAAUCCAUCAAGAAUUGGGAGAUUUAUUCCCUAAUCUAUAAGGCCAGUAUUUAAUGAUGCCAGAUCAGAGUAUUUAUUUUGGGCAAACAUUAAAUGGCAAAAGAAAUGGUUAAGGAAAACAGCACUGGUAAAGAGAAGGCAAUUUUUUAGAAGGGUAUAUUCUUUAUUUUAAUUUAAUAAGAACUUGGAUCGAUAAUCAACUAAAUGGAAGAGCCAGAAUGAUUUAUCCAAAUGGAGAUUAGUAUUUUAUUGGUUUGAUAAUUGUUUAGUUUCGAUGGAAAUUUUGUUAAUAAUGUAGCUAAUGGUAUUGGAAAAUUUGUGAAUUCACGAAAAGAAGUCAAAGGAUUUUGGCUUAAUAAUAAAUUAAUCGGUGAAGGCACAGAAAUACGUAAAAAUGGAACAAUAUAUAUUGGUUAAUUUUAAGAUGGCAAAAUUCAUGGAUAAGGUAAAUUUGAAUUUGCUAAUGGUUGUGUGUAUAAAGGUAGUUUAUAUAAAGGAAAAAUGCAUGGAAAUGGAGAACUUAUUUUCAAUGAUAAAACUAGAUAUAUUGGAGAAUUUAGAAAUAAUUGCAUUUAAGGCAGAGGAAUCUAUGAAGCUAACUUUCCAACUCAUGGUUGGGUAUCUAUUUUUAUUUUAUUUUUAAGUUUCACUCUAAAUAUGAAAAUCAAAUGAUGUUUCUCUAUUUUUUCAGAUAAGAAACACCAGUUUUAAUAGAUAACCAAGAUUGUACUCUUAUUUAAAAACCAUUAAAUACUUUUUUUGAUUGA